GUAAGUUUGGGAUGGUGCUGCUGAAGAAGACGCUGCAGGUGGAGGAGAGGUACCCGUACCCAGUGAGGCUGGAGGCGAUGUACGAGGCGAUCGACCAGGCGCCCGCGAGGAAGAACGAGAAGCUCAGACAGAAAGGAUUCGUGCAGAAAUGCAAAGCUGCAGGAGUGGAGGGUCAGGUGGAGGAGGGCACGCUCACAGGACAAGUAGAUACACCAGUACAAAGAUUACCACACAAGAAGAUCCCAAGAAAGCCCCAAACAACAACAACAACCACAGCUGCCACAACAACAACAUCAACAACCACCACACGACCAACCACCACAACUACAACUCGGCCCACCACCACCAAGAGAGCAACAACCACCACCACGACCAAAGCAACAACAACAACAACCACCAAACCCACCACCACCACCAGAAGAACCACCACAAAGAGAUUCACCACCACCACCACUCAG